AUGAAGAUUUCCAAGGUGGACACCAAGGGAUCACUCGGACGCACGAGAAGUUGCGUACCAAAUUCUACUGGCCCGGCAUAUUGCGCCAGUGGAAAAGGGGCGCCCCCGAAUGCUGGACCUUCGCCAGGAAACAUUGAACCACGGUAUCCCUUCGAAGCCGUUUCUAUGGAUUUCGUGACUCAUACGCCUGAGUCCGCUAGAGGAAAUACGUUUCUCUUGUUGUUUCAGGACAUGUUUUCAGGUUACGUGAUGUGUAAGCCCAUGUCAUCCACUACCGCUCAAGAUGUCGCUGAGGCCUAUGAAGAGCAAGUGUUCCAGAGAUUCGGGUCGGGGCGUCCUCUAUGA